AAAUUUCCGAAUGUUUGAAUGAUUUCUAAAACUGGGGUGGAGGGAAUUUUCUUUAAAAGCUAAGCAUUUUAUUAAACAAAAUUUAAAGAAAAAAAGCUGGAAAAUGUGGGAAGAUUCAGUCCACAAUAUGGGCUCAAAUGCAGCAGCAGCAGCAGCGGCGUGUGGAAGAAUAUAGGAACAUAUCGAUCAAACAUGAUAUAUUCCAGCUCUAUUGCCUUUCUAUUUUCAUAUUAUUUUUUCUUCUAGGUUAGAUUUUGUAUAAACCCAAUUUAUUUAUUUUUUUCAAAUCAAUUCAAGUAGUGAGAUUGUUGGCUUUGCCUGGUCUUUGGAGGUAAGAGUCUAAGCUUUUGCAAGUGGUUGUUGGACCUCGCUGGAGUUUACUUUAAGGGGGGCCAUUGCCAUUGCCAUUGCCCAUUGGCCAACCCAACCAAACUUCCCCGUUCCCUCGAUUUGCAGAAUUUAGUUACAACCUUAAUCAUACUUGUCCUUUCCUUAUGCUUUGUAUUCCACGCGCCCAAGGGAGCACCUAAACACCGCCCCAGCGGCUACUCCCGCGUUGGAUUCAACGACAAAAAGGAGUUCGCUUCUGAAGGGGUGAGCUCCGGAGACAGGUUCGGAAAGAGGUUUGGAGUAUGUGAGAAAAGCGACAGACGGAGAGAGAUUCAAAGAAGAGUGGGAGUAUAAAGCAGAGUAAGCUUUCUUUUCUACUUUGUGUAGAGAAAAAAAUAAAAAGGGUAAUGGAGAAUGUGAUUGUGUUGUAGAAGUUAUGUGUUAAUAUCAAAAAGGAAACUUCAACUCCAACUUCCCCACAAAAAUAUCACAGCAAAAAAACCCACCAAACUUUGCUUUCUUUUCUCUUUCUAUAUAUGUUUUCUGUAUUUGUUUUCUUUGUUUGAUCUCUCAUUUUAAGUUCCAUUUUCUGUCAUUCGGGUGGGAUUUUGGUUUUUGAUCUUGGAGUUGUGAGAUUUUUGUUUUCUUCUUCUUAGAAUAAUUUGUGGAAGAGAAAAUGGCGGCAGAGGGAACAUUGUCGUUUUCAGUUGCUUCAGUUGUGGAACAUGUACUGCAACAGCAUGGAAAUCGCUCUGAAGAUCUUGAUUUGGAAUCUAGAAAAGCUGAGGAAGCUGCAUCAAGGAGGUAUGAAGCGGCUGGAUGGCUAAGGAAGAUGGUAGGAAUAGUCGCGGCUAAAGAUUUGCCUGCAGAGCCAUCAGAGGAAGAAUUUAGGCUUGGUUUGAGGAGUGGAAUAAUCCUCUGCAAUGUUCUCAAUAAAGUUCAACCUGGAGCUGUUCCUAAGGUAGUGGAAAGUCCAUGCGAUGCAGCUCUCAUACCUGAUGGAGCGGCAUUGUCAGCAUUUCAGUACUUUGAAAAUGUAAGGAAUUUCUUGGUAGCUGGGCAAGAAUUGGGGCUUCCUACUUUUGAGGCAUCUGAUCUAGAACAAGGAGGCAAAUCUGCAAGGGUUGUGAAUUGUGUUCUAGCGCUCAAGUCCUAUAACGAAUGGAAGCUCACAGGUGGAAAUGGAGUGUGGAAGUUUGGUGGAAAUAUAAAACCUACCACCACCACUUUGGGAAAGUCAUUUGUAAGAAAAAACUCAGAGCCUUUCACGAACUCCUUGCAAAGGACUUCAUCGAUGGACGACAAAUUAUCAAAUGGUCACUCCAAUGAAAUUGAUCCUAAUAAAAUGUGCAAGCAGGCCAGUUCUGGUUCGUUAAGUAUGCUGGUUCGUGCCAUUUUAAUAGAUAAAAAGCCUGAAGAAGUUCCAAUGCUGGUUGAAUCUGUGCUCAGUAAACUUGUAGAGGAGUUUGAGCAUCGGAUUGCAAGCCAAUAUGAAGUGAUGAGGAUGACUUCAAAAGACAUCACUCCUCAUUUCAGCAAGUCUCUAUUGAAACAAACUCCUGGGGAUAAGAAGAUUGAGGAAAAGAACAUCAAAAUGAUGAAGAAGGAAGAUUGCUUUCAUAAGAACCUCAUUGAUGAUCAGGAAUUAAAAAAGCGAUCUCAAAAACAGCAAAUGAUCUUUGAUCAACAACAAAGAGAUAUUCAGGAACUAAAGCAUACUAUUAACUCCACAAAAGCUGGCAUGCAAUUCAUACAAAUGAAAUUUCAUGAAGAAUUCAACAAUCUUGGUAUGCAUAUUCAUGGGCUAGCUUAUGCCGCUUCUGGUUACCAUAGGGUUCUAGAAGAAAAUCGCAAGCUCUACAAUCAAGUGCAGGACCUUAAAGGAAGUAUCCGUGUUUAUUGCCGUGUGAGACCAUUCUUGAGUGGAUCAAGUUAUCUGAGCACUGUGGAUCAUAUAGAAGAUGGAAACAUCACCAUCAACACCCUGUCAAAGUAUGGUAAAGGAUGCAAGUCCUUCACCUUCAAUAAAGUCUUUGGGCAAUCUGCAACUCAAGCGGAGGUUUUUUCUGAUAUGCAGCCACUGAUUCGGUCAGUUCUUGAUGGAUACAAUGUUUGCAUAUUUGCAUACGGCCAAACGGGGUCGGGAAAAACUUACACAAUGGCCGGACCUAAAGACUUGACGGAGAAAAAUCAAGGUGUUAAUUAUAGGGCAUUGGGUGAUUUGUUUCUUCUAGCAGAACAAAGAAAGGAUACCUUCCGCUAUGAUGUUUCUGUUCAGAUGAUUGAAAUUUAUAAUGAGCAAGUCAGGGAUCUCCUUGUUACAGAUGGAAGUAACAAAAGAUUAGAAAUAUACAACAGUUCUCAGACAGGUCUCAAUGUACCAGAUGCAAGCCUCAUGCAUGUUUCUUCAACAUCUGAUGUUAUUGAUCUAAUGAACCUUGGACAAAGGAAUCGUGCAGUUGGUGCAACAGCCCUAAAUGACCGUAGUAGCCGUUCUCAUAGUUGCCUGACUGUCCAUGUUCAAGGAAGAGAUUUAACAUCUGGAACUAUUCUCCGUGGCUGCAUGCAUCUUGUUGAUCUUGCAGGAAGUGAGAGAGUAGACAAGUCCGAGGUAACUGGAGAUCGACUAAAAGAGGCACAGCACAUAAACAAAUCUCUGUCAGCUUUAGGAGAUGUGAUUGCUUCCCUUGCCCAAAAGAAUCCACAUGUUCCAUAUAGAAACAGCAAACUCACUCAACUUCUACAAGAUUCACUUGGAGGGCAGGCCAAGACACUAAUGUUUGUUCACAUAAGCCCUGAGCCUGAUGCCUUAGGUGAAACAAUAAGUACUCUCAAAUUUGCGGAGCGUGUGGCUACUGUUGAACUUGGUGCUGCCCGAGUGAACAAAGACACUGCAGACGUUAAAGAACUCAAAGAACAGAUUACUAGCCUUAAGGCAGCUUUGGCAAGGAAAGAGGGAGAAACAGAGCAAAGUCAGCAUUCUAUAUCUGGCAGCUCUGGAAAAAACCAAACAAAGGCUAGUGACUUAUCGCCCUUUAAUCCUAGUGAGCAGAUUGGAAAUAUGUUGGGGGCCAGACAACCCAUGGGUGAUGUGGGCAACAUUGAGGCGUGCACCAACUCUACAUUGAGGCAAAAGAGGCAAAGCUUUGAUCUUGAUGAGAUAUUAGCAAAUUCACCUCCCUGGCCUCCUGUUAUCAGUUCUGCCCAAAACUUUAGGGUUGAUGAUAAAGAACCGGGCUCAGGUGAUUGGGUGGAUAAGGUUAUGGUGAACAAGCAAGAUGCCAUUAACAGAGUAGGAAACCCCCUAGGAUGUUGGGAAGCAGAAAAUAGGAACUUGUCUGAUGUCUUUUACGAGAAGUAUCUGCAAGAUUCUUCAAAGAUUUACCCAGAACAAUCAUAUAAUAUGUUCAUGGGGGGUAACAGGUUCAACGUGGUUGGUGCUGAUGGCAUAGAUGAUCUUGAUGCUGCUACCAGUGACUCAUCCGAGCCUGAUUUGCUUUGGCAAUUCAAUCAGUCCAAACUUAGCAGCAUAUCCAAUGGGAUUGAGUCAAAGACCAAGAAACCUACUUCAAAGUCAGCAAGGAACCCAGAACUGAGCAAAAAUUUACAUCCUAUGUCAGGGCCAUCACCAUCUAGGAAACUAGCGAAAGGAGUUGGCCAGCCUCUGCAUCGAAAUGGGAGGCAGCCAGCUCCUGCUGAUGGGAAACGCAAAACCGCAAGUAGAAAAUAACAAGAAAAUACCAUUAUAACCACGUUGGAGUGAUUUCUGAUUCUUUUUCUUUUAUUUUAUUUUUUCUUCUAUAUUUGUUAGAGAGAGAGAGGUAUUCAAUAUACAGAUAAUUUUUUUUCUUUUAUUGUAAUUUUUAUGGUAUAGUUAAAUGCAGCAAUAACUCCAGUUGCUUCUCGUUUUCUAAAGACAAGUUGUGUAGAUGCGUCCUGCCUGCUUGGUUUUUUGACGUAUUUUGUGUAAAGACUGUUUUCCACCAUUCUUUAAUGUUAAAAGAACAAGUAACCAUUCUUGUGGCUGUUUCAAUUCCUACAUUUCUACCUCAAAGAAAACAGCAUAUACUGAGUUUUGACUAGCAACGAUGAAAGACCAUAAACGUUCUCAGUUGGAACUCAAUGAGCUUUGAAGUUGCGAAUUCACCAAGUACUUAAAAAGUUUGGUAGCUUCAUUUGUUAUUUUGAGUGCUGA